AUGAUUCUGAUCCCAUCACGACCCUCGACGACCGAGGAUGCUGUUGGUCAGCCAGUUCCGGACAGCGCACACCCUGAUUACCUCCAAGGGCCCAUAUCGGCCCGGAGAUUGGGUGUUGUAUUGGAUCAAACGAACGAGUCCCAAUCGACAAGCUGCCGGGAGGUGGCACGGAUCGAUCUUCGGGUCUUCCUCAACACAACGCGGGAGGUGCCAGUGAGAUCCUCGACCUCUCUCGCCUUCCACCGCCUGCAGAAAGAUCAUCGGAACCUCCUCCUGCAGUCUCUUCCGGAGUCCUCUCUUCCGCCUCUGGUGUGCCAUCUGGCAUCCGUCUUCACACUGUGCGUCGAUCCGAAGCACUUCCCUCUUCAGAUGGUCAGUGUCCGUGCCGACACUGAAGAUCCGGCUCCAAUGGAGCCGGCACCUCAUGAAGUCCCAAUUCCAGAGUCAGACGAUGAGGGCGACUCAUACACCUCCCCUAAUACUUCGCCGGUCCUCCUAGCUGAAGACGACAUGCCGUGGCUGGAGGCGAUUGCCUCGUACAAGUGGGAUCUUCAGUCCUUCGAUAUUCGCACAGCGUUCUUGAGUAAUGCCUAUGGAAGGGUCGAUGCCCCGCUUCUUUUCUACAAAGAGCUCAAGGUCAUCGACAACUGCAUGGAGUUCUUGGCUCUGCUGGAUUCGAAUAGGGUUCUGCGUGAAGCACAGGAGUUUCAGAACACAACCGUUACCUUCCAAGCCAUUCCGGCUUCUGAAGUAACUUUCGUCUCCUUCGGAGACGCCUCCUUUGCCAGCAGCCGGUCCACACUCUCUGCCGAAGCUUACGCCGUGCCAAAAUCGGUUGAUCUGUUGGGUUGGGUUCGCUCGUUGUGGGGAUGUAUACAUGUGCCCGCCUAUCCAUGGGAAAGCCCUGAGGUAGGAUUCAAGAUGCUGCACCCUGCCACCAUCGUCACAGACUGUAAGUCUUUGUACGACUUGGUCACUAGAACGGCCCUCCCGUCCUGUGAAGAGCACCGAACCACCCUAGAAGUCCUUCUAAUCCGUCAGCGUUGUCAAGAGCACUGCGCCUUCAGAUGGGUACCUAUCAGCUUGAUGUUAGCUGAUAGUCUAACUAAAGUCAUGAACACUGAGCUGUUAAGACGGGUCCUGUCGUUGGGUCGCUUUAAGUUGCGCGAUGCCAAUGGUUCCCUGGACAAAGCUUCUCACCGUCGUCAAGCCAUCGAAUGGCUUAUGAAAGAGGAACCUCCAAAGGGAGAUUAG